UAAAUGUCCCGGUCGGUUUGACGAAUAUUCAAAACAAACCAUUUUCCUGAACCUAUACAACCAUCAUCUACCCGGUGAAAACCGCAUAUCAUCUGAAAGGUUAAGACCUGCGCGAAAAUUUCUAGUGUCGCUGGUGGUCAAAUUGAAGUCCAAGUCCAUUUACAACUUUUUGCAGUAGAGACUGACGCAGGAUGUCAUAAGUUUAUAUUUUUACAUUGCCUUGCGGUAUUGUGGUCCUGAGUUUGCAUGUGUGUUACCAUAAAACAACGGCUGUACAGAAAGAACGCCAGCUGGAUUCAGAAAAACAACAAAGUCAGUGGAGCUUUCUUGUUAAACAACGGUUUGGCAUCUUAAAGAAUACGUAAGACGAAGAACUUGCACUCUAAAUUCAGGGCAUCGAUCUUCUGCACAGAUGCUAAUCUGCCGAAAUAAUGACAUAUCCAUGAUGGCGAAGUUAUAUCUUCGUAUUGCUUCAGCGCUUCUGAUGUGCUUCAGUCUUGCUGCUCACGGACUUGGUAAAGAAAUUACAAGUGAAGUGAGAAGUAAUAUGAUUCAAGCGUACAACUUGUCGCGCUCGAUUAACCGGAGCCUAAACGGCUAUGACAAGAAAGUAAGGCCAAAUGCAGGGGGACCUCCUGUCAUCGUGACGAUAGAAUUUAAAGUCAUCUCCUUUGGAGAAAUCAAGGAAGCCAAUAUGGAAUACUCGAUGGACAUUUUUAUGCGCCAGUGGUGGCAUGAUCCAAGGUUUAAGAAUAACUAUAGCAAACCUUUCAAUAUGGCAGCAGAUCCCACAAAGCUUUUCUGGACUCCAGACACGUACUUCUGGAAUGUAAAAGAUGCUAAAUACCAUUACGUCACCCGGGAGAAUAUGAGAGUGAAAAUAUCUCCUGACGGGGAGAUUUAUUACAGCACAAGGAUAACGUUAACAGCCCAAUGUGAUAUGGAUUUACACCUUUACCCAAUGGACACACAGUAUUGUCCUCUUAUCAUUGAAAGCUAUGCAUACACGACAGCAGAUGUUGAUUACCGCUGGAAGGGAGGAGAUAAACAAAGUGUAGAGAUAGUGUCUAAGGAAAUGGCUCAGUUCGAUCUGACUGAUGUUAAAACUUACACGAAGUCGCAGACCAACAGUAAGGGUUCCUUCGCUAGUCUCAAGGCGGUGUUUUCAUUUCGACGGCGCACAGAGAGCUUUGUUUCUGCAAUCUUUGUCCCUGCCGUAGUCCUGGUUGUUUUGUCGUGGUGUUGCUUCUUCAUCUCCCCUUCAGCUGUCCCUGCCAGAGUAGCUCUGAGUAUCACCACCAUCUUGACCUCUAUUCUGCUCAAAGGCAACGUUAACAGGGACAUGCCUAAGGUCAGCUACAUGAAGGCUGUCGAUUAUUUCUUGCUGACCUCCUUUGGCUUCAUCUUUGCCGCGUUAAUUGAAUUCAUCAUCGUCCUGAACACCAGUCCAGUUUUUACUCUACCCUCCUGGUUCAAAAAGGACAAAAAGGCAGACAAAAAAGAAAUUGCCAUGGAAUGUGAAGCACACAGCAAGGGGAGUGUUGAUUUAAUUGUACAGGUGAUGGAUGAAGGAGUUUGUAGAAUCAGGAAUAACAAGGGAAAUAUCAAACUGAAGCCACAGCCAAAACAGCAACUUCCCUUAAUGCCGCAAGUAGGAACAAAACCCAAGGCGCACUGGAUCGACCGCUUGUCGAGAUUUCUCUUCCCUACUUUGUACGUCACAUUUCUGGUUGCGUACACCAUAUACUACAGUGCGCUUAGGGAGGAGAGCGACUCCAAAGGAAAUGUGUUGGACUAAUGAACUCAGUUGGAAAGUGACGGUGGAGUUUUUAACGACAUUUCAUUCCAUUCAUUUUUGAACAACUGUAUAUAUAAGGUGAAAGUCGAUAAUUACUUCUGUAUCAGAACCGCCCACGUUGACUUACAAAGCACAAAAAUCAACCUAUCUAAAUAAUGCCUGAGUUUUAAAAACGAUAUCGCGAAGGUUUUAACAUGUAAUUUUCAAAAAAACGCGAAGCUGAGGGAAAGUAUUCUUGAAAAUUGUGUGGUUUACAAUAUAAAAAAAAAAUUGUUGCCUUUUGGAUUCAGAAACACAUUUCUGGUUAAGCUGGCCGAGGUCUUCUUUCCACCGAUAUUGAUAAGGUAAUUAGAGUCUUAGUAGCAAGGAACAAACGGUUUCUUUGCAUGCAGGUGAUGAGUGCCCUAUUUUAUAUUUUAGUAUCUGACAAGGACAGUCUCAGAUGGUUUAAACGAGAAGAUUAGGAAAUUGAAAGAAAAAGGCAAUUUGUCAAGUAAACCCGAAGUGGGUGAGAUUUUGGCGAUGCAAAUGCAGAAUUAGUGAAUUAGAGUAAAAAAUCUAAAGAGGAGACCCCUACAUUUUUCUUAACAACUUUUUUUCCACAGCAGGGGGUACGGUUUUUUUUUUACCGUAGAAUGUAUGAAUGUACAUUGGUCGAAUGCUAAAUUUCGCUGGACCUCUGUACAGUCAAAAAAUAUGGUCACGGCUCUCAAAAGGCGGAAAGAAAAUAAUCAAAAAACUAACUAGCGUUGAUAGAGUGAAAUUAUUGCUCUAAAUCCCAUCUUUUUCCCAGCCAAGAAGGCAACUUUACUAAAUACAAGAACCAGUUGCUUGUUUAAAGGAACCAAUCAGAUUGCACGAAGAUGAAAAACAACUUUGGCAAUUUUCUACAAACCAGCCCACAACUGGACCAAUAAAGCAUUUCUAUGAUGUAGGGUUAGCUCAAAGAUUUGGUAUAGAAGAAUUACAUGCACAAAACUUUGCUAUCCUAAGUAAAGCAACUGGUAGUUGUUAGUCCUGCUUCCCGAACUCUUUUUCGAAUAAUCAUCGGUUAUAAAAGUUUGUAUCUUUAGAUGAUAAAUAAGUACCUGGGACGGCGUUCAUUACUGACUGAUGAAAGAACACUCUACAUAUAGCGGUGCAGGAUAAGCUCAAAAAGACCGCAGAUAAAUUACUUACAUGAAUCAUUUCUUCAUGUAAAGCAAUUGAUAUUAUUUGUCCUGCCUUUUUAACAAUUUUUUAACAAUUACAAUGACUAUCCAUCGUAGACUUUUUGCUCGUUAUAGGAUGAACCAUUAAUUGAGAUGUUCCUCGUCAUAGAUAUACGCUUUCUUCCUGACAUAAUUAUUAUUGUACCCUCAGUUCAGGAAAGCUAUAUUAAGGCUCACGAAUUCUUAUCGCGUUAAAAAAAAAAAAAAACGUUUAAAUAUUACAAAUUGAUUUGCUAACCAGGUCUUGAUUUGUAAUUACAAGAAUAAUAAGUAGAUUUCUGAUUGAUUAAAUUUUAAAUAUAGUUUGGUUUAAAUGGUUCUUAUCAAUAACAUUGCAAGAAGCGUUUGGGCUGGGAUGAUUAAAGGUAUGAAGUUAGUUUA